AUGAAAUUCCUGAUUGCGAUUAUUGCCCUGCUCGGGGUCUUCCUGACACAUGCUCAAGCAAAUGAUAAUAUCAGGAUUAAUAACUCAGGAAACAGAGGAAGCAAUAUUUAUCAGAAUGUGAAUAUUAAUAACCAGAAUAAUGUAGCCAACAUCAAUAAUCUAAAUGGCUGCAACUCCUGGAACUCUGUUUGUGAUUAUGGAAGAGGAUAUGCAGCUACCAGGUUGUUUAAGAAGAAAAUGUGCAUUAUAACGAAGAUGAAAAAAGAUACCUUCCCUACUCUGGCUCAGCUCAGUGCUGUCUCAAAGAACCCAAACCAGGUCCCUCCAAACACUCAGAUGGUGACUUACACAAUCAACCAGACUCCAAUUAUUAACAUUGGAGAGUAUGGCGAGCACAUAAGUUCUCUGUGCAAAGGAGUUCCAACCUACACUGCUCUGGAGAUGCCAGAAUUCGGAGAAGGGUUCGGAUUAUGCAGUGCUUCCAGCAUCAUCACAAUUUUGGGAAUUACCUUAUGUUUUUAA